AUGGCCGCCGCCGCCGCAGCCAAGGAAGAAACAUUUCGAAACUACGACGACGACCAACAGGCCGAGUCGUACGCCCGCCACCGGCCGGCAAGACUACAUACAGCCCCGCGCUGUACUCGGCCGUUGCUGCGCUUCCACCAGUCCACCGGCGGCCGCGAGGCGCUCCUCUCCCGACCGUCGGCUGCGGGGCCCGGGCAACGUAACCCGUGCCCUCGGCCCGCAACUUCUCACGCGGGCGUCGGGCCUCGACGCCUCGCCCGUCCAUGGCGCGCCACGAGCCGGGGACGCCCUGAGCCCUGCGCCGCCGGUGCGACGACCCAAGACCGGCGCGCCGCCCCGUCCUUCGCGGACCGCAUUUACCGCGGCCAGCGCGGCGCACGCACUGGUUCGACAUGCCCCGCGUUUCUGGCGCGCGCCGCCCUGCAGGCCCUGCGCCCCGGCGGCACGGUCGCCCUCUGGAUCCCCGGCGAGCGCGUCGUGCACCCGUCCACACCCGGCGCGCCCGCGCUCGGCGCGCGCUCCUGCAGCGGCUCGUCGAGCGCGACCCUGCUCCCGCACUGCCUCCCCGGCAACCUGCUCUUCCGGAACCGGUACCGCUCGCUUGCCGCUGCCGUGGACCUUGGACCCGCCGAUCGCGGGCUUCGACGAGGCCGCGUUCGAGCGCCGCGAGGCUGGAGAGUUUGGGGUUCAUGGCGGGCGGCGAGCGUGCGGUGA